AUGCUGUGUCGAUUAAAUGAGUAUUCAAUUGCCAUUCAUGAAGCGGGUUUUUUUCGACGAUGUCAGUCUUCGUGGUCCACUGUACAGGGUCACAAUGAGGUCAUUCUCCACAGCAUUAGGAAUUGGCCUCGAUCAGAACCCAAGCCCCUUCAGGCGAUAGGGAGUGAUUCGGGUGUCUCUGACGAACUGCACGCCCUCCAAGCUUCGAGUUUCAGCGAUUUCCUAUCCAAAUUGAGCAACAGCCUGGAAUCCACAAAGGAGUGUUUCUUCACCAUCUACCACUUGGUCAAGUCUAAUAUAGAACAAGGACUGACCGAUGGGUCUUUGCUGGAAAUCGAUGGGGGCGAGGAGAACGGGGACAUCUCCGAAGCAGACGAUCAGACAGCGGUGGCCGUUAGCCCCGCACCAAAUGAUCUCUCCAGCUCAGUCCAGGAGGACAGCGCAAAUCUCGAUCGCGCAGAUAACGCACGUCGCGGGAGUCGGUGUGCUGGCAUACGCAACACGUGA